AAAUAGAAGUGCGUCUGCUUGCGCGUAAAAUUAUUUAUAAACGUAUUAAAUAUCUUUCCUAUGUGGAGGAAUUGUUCUGCUGAUAUUGGACGUUUUUGCUUUAUUUCGGUGCCGGUAAGUGUCUCAGAUUAGUGUGGCUGAGUGUGGUUGUGUGUGUGGCGUGAGUGAGUUUGAGGAUGAACUCCAUUGACGCGCAGCUCCAUCACACCGCUUCGCCCACCGUCAGUCCGCUCCAACCGCUGUCCAAGAGCGCGCACGACGCGCCAGAAAUGGCUGUUUACUGCGAUAACUUCAGCGUGUACCACCAGCAAAGUUUACCGGGCGGACAGCGACCGUCUGCCGGAUACGGACUGGGAGAAUACACGGCCUCGCCCAACCCUUACCUGUGGCUCAAUGGCCCCGGUGUUAACUCCUCACCAUCCUACCUGCACCACGGAAACAACCCGUCGUCUUUCAUGCCCCCUUCUUACGGUGCUCAACGGCAGUUCCUCUCCAACUCACCCGGUUUCGCGGGCCCAGACCUCGGAUGGCUCUCCAUUGCUAGUCAGGAGGAGCUACUGAAGCUCGUGCGCCCGCCAUACUCCUAUUCUGCGCUAAUUGCCAUGGCGAUCCAGAACGCGCACGAGAAGAAGCUGACGCUCAGUCAAAUAUAUCAAUACGUGGCGGAGAACUUCCCCUUCUACAAGAAAAGCAAGGCCGGCUGGCAGAACUCUAUCCGGCACAACCUCUCCCUCAAUGACUGCUUCAAGAAGGUGCCGAGAGACGAGGACGAUCCGGGUAAAGGAAACUACUGGACAUUGGACCCAAACUGUGAGAAGAUGUUUGACAACGGAAACUUCCGCAGAAAACGGAAACGCAGAUCUGACACCAGCGCAGGAGCAACUGGGAGCACCAAAACCGAGGAUGGGCGACCUCUUCCUGGAAUCAAGAGCCCCGAAAGCCCGCACCUUAUCGGGCCAUCAUCCCCAGAGAUGGAAACGGCCAAUGAACCCCAUAAGAGCUCAUCUCCUCCCAGUCUUGGCGCAGCCCCAUGCUUCAAUAACUUCUUCAACAGCAUGUCGAGCCUUGCAACUAUGCCUCCCGGUAGACAAGGCUCUCUCGGGCUGGUAAAUGAGAUCUCGAGUCGGCACAUUACUGCGCUGAACCCCUAUCACGCCAGCGCAGCUCCAGAAACUGGAACAAGCACGGAGCAUCCCGACAACGCACACGUGAACCGCGGAGUGUACUACAAUUCUUUCCCAAGCGCUAGUGGCGGCGGAGGAGCGGGACACAGCACACAGUUUAACGGGCACUUCUAUAACAGCUUUAGUGUCAACAGUCUCAUAUACCCCCGCGAUGGCACGGAGCUAUAA